AUGCUUACGUGCAUAGCACGUCCGAAGAAACUCGUCGGCGACUCGGCAGCGAGCGAGGAUCCGAGUUCGCGGGGAGUGAAGUCGCUGACGGGUCAGCUGAAGGAGAUGGCGCUGAAGGCGUCGGGGGCGUACAAGCAGUGCGGCGGGCCGUGCGCGACGGCGCCGCCGAGUCGAGUGAGUCGCGGCGGCGGAACCGAGUUGGACUCGGAGUCGUCGUCGUCGUCUUCGUCUCGGCGGCGGUGGGGGAAGGAGCUGGAGGCACGGCUGAAGGGGAUAUCGAGCGGGGAGGGGACGCCGAGCUCGAGCGGGAGGAGGGUGGUGCUGCUGCUUGAAGACGAGGAAGAGCCGAAGGAGUGGGUGGCGCAGGUUGAGCCCGGCGUUUUGAUCACCUUCGUGUCGCUUCCCCGUGGCGGGAACCAUCUCAAACGGAUACGAUUCAGCCGUGAGAUAUUUAACAAAUGGCAAGCUCAAAGAUGGUGGGCAGAGAACUAUGACAAGGUGAUGGAACUUUACAAUGUGCAAAGGCUUAAUCGUCAAGCUUUCCCUCUUCCAACUCCGCCUAGAUCUGAAGACGAGAGUUCAAAGCGUGAAUCAAUAGAAGAUUUCCCAGUGACACCUCCACUGAGCAGGGAAAGGCCACCAUGUAACUUAUUCCGUGCAGGAGGAGGAGGGAUGGGAAUGGGGUACUCAUCCUCAGAUUCAUUUGAUCAUCACUCAAUGCAAUCAUCCCGGCAUUACUAUGACCCCAAUGACGUUAACUCAACCCCAAAAGCUUCUUCCACCAUUAGUGCUGCUGCCAAGACAGAUAUCUCAUCAUCAAUGGAUGUUGAUGCUUCCAUAAGAAGUAGCUCUUCUAGAGAAGCUGAUCGCUCUGGGGACCUGUCAAUCAGCAAUGCCAGUGACCUUGACACUGAAUGGGUUGAGCAGGAUGAGCCUGGGGUUUACAUCACCAUCAGAGCUCUCCCAGGUGGCAAAAAGGAGCUCAGACGAGUCAGGUUCAGUCGAGAAAAGUUUGGUGAGAUGCAUGCUAGACUGUGGUGGGAAGAGAACCGUGCCAGAAUACAUGAACAAUACUUGUGAGAAUUCUCAAAGGGGUGGCUGCAGAUGGUUCACAAAAUGUGGAGGUGGUGUUUCUUAUUAAUUUGCUUAGUUUAUAUUUUUGCUAUAUAAAGUCUCUUCCAUAGAGGAUCAGAUGUUAGAACUAGUGCUACUUGCACCUCUACCUUGGGCUAUAUAUACCUCUAGUUAUUCUCUUGAAUCUAGGGAGUAAAUGUAGCUUCUGUUAGUCAGAGUAGCUAUUGUUUUGUCGAAGCUUAUAAGUAAUGGGUGUAAAUUAUAUAGCUGUUGAAAUUGGAUACAGAGAAUGAAUCUACUUCAUUUUCUUUUUGUUUCUUAAGCA